ACAUAUAAAUAUAUUGAUAUUUUCUGUAUGACAGAUAAAUGUAAGACUUGUUUACCACAUUACGGCUUCAUUCUCUUUUUAAUCAAGGAACAUAUGGGCUACAAUUAAAAUUGCCAUUAUUUUUCUUUAAUCUUAUAAUCCUGGACCAGAGUUAUUCCCAUAAUUUAAUGAAGUUGGAAUCCAAACAAAAUACAAAUGUCCGUUUUAUAUAAUUUGCAUCGAAAGCGGUCAAUAUUGAAAGAAAACAUCUGUAGCCUCACCAUAUUCUAAAGGUUGGGAAUCGGUUUAUUUUAAUAUCUAACCAUGUCGCAAUCAUACAACAUUAUAUUUUUGUCACGCCUCAUAUGUGUGUAUCUACAAGGAACAUUUUUUCUCGAUCUCCUGGAUGCGACUGAUGGAGGCUGCGGUCCAUGAGCAACGCCUUCUCGCUAUCAUAACCGCUCAACCAUCUCUCUCAAACAUCCUGCUUCCAGUUGCGUUUCAUUGGUUUGCAACGCAAAGAAGUUUGGGCAGGGAUCAUUUCAUAGAAGUGGUCAGAGCAUUCCGCAAGAGACAUGCGCGCUCCAGCUGGUAUUACAGCCACUGACGACACCAUGCCCAUGGGGUCGGAGAGGGUGGAGAUGCGAAAGAGACAGAUGCAGAUCCACCAGGAAGCAGCCGCCAGUGUCCUCCAAGCUCGCCACGGGAUGGGCGCCGCGCCCUCCAGUGCCUCAAACGCCUGCUGCUUCUGCUGGUGCUGCUGCUGUAGCUGCUCCUGUCUGACUGUUAGGGGUGAAGAUGAAAGGGUCCAGAGAACCACAUAUGAGAGGAGGCCAGAGGACACUCCAAACUGUGAAGACAGCCCUAAACCCACACUUGAAGAUGCGCGCUCCUGGUCCAUGUCGUUCGAGAAGCUGAUGAAGAGCGCGGCUGGACGGGGCUGCUUCCGUCAGUUCCUGCGGACAGAGUUCAGCGAGGAGAACAUAGUGUUCUGGCUGGCCUGCGAGGAGCUCAAGAAGGAGACCAAUAAGAGCGUGGUGGAGGAAAAAGUGCGACAAAUAUACGAGGACUUCAUCUCAAUACUAUCUCCUAAAGAGGUGAGUCUGGACUCACAUGUUCGAGAAGUGAUCAACCACAACAUGCUGGAGCCCACUUCUCACACAUUUGAGGAUGCCCAACAGCAGAUCUACACACUGAUGCAGAGAGACUCGUACCCGCGUUACAUGAACUCCUCAGCGUACACAGAUCUACUGCAGAGCCUGGAAGAGCCUCCACCUGAAACAUAAGGUCUCAAACAUCCCUCCCCACUUACUAAUGCCAGAUUCAGAAACCAAGAACAUCUGUUUCCUUCCCUUACAUAAGAUCGGAUGAGUUGAGUAGUAAAAAUUGUUUUUUCUUUGAAGCAGACACAUUAGAACAUUUCCAAUCAAAAACGUCUGAGCUGUUGUGUCUGAACUUGGCUUUAGAUGACGCAUGUAUCCCACAAAAUAACUUUUAUCCUCCAGUUGCAGUUCAAAUGUUUAGAUUUUUACAGGUAGAUGAACAGGUACUUACUGUUUGUGUACACAAUAUAAGCUGUCCUUGAAAAGAGCAAGAACAAAUGCUUGGUCCAGUUACAGACAAGUAGAUGUUUUCAAGACAUAUUUAUAUUUUUAUAUAUUCCCUAGCGCUUGAUAUUGCACUUUUAUAUAUUGUUUAAUGAGAGAUAAGCAUGUAUCUGUGAGCACUAUAUUUAUGUGUAGGUACAGUAUAUUGUCAGCCUUAAUGUGUUUUAGGUUUGUUUUAGAGAAAAUAGGUCAUACUUAAUAUCAAGAAGAUUAUGAAAGUGCCUUGGCAUAAGAUCUUACUACACUAACACAGUAGUUUGAAUGGUGCGACAAUUCAUUUAUAAAACAUGGUGGUGCUUUCAGCUCUUCUCAAAGAAUAAUAGUUUAACUACAUUUUACGGAAAAUAUGAGCUGAGUCAUAAAAAUAGCCUGUGAAUUUAAAUACUGUGAUUCUUAUUGAGAUAUAAUUUCUAAUUAGGCAUAGUUAUGACAAGGAACAAAUACGUUUAAGAAAGAAAAAUAUUGUGAAAGUACAACCACAGACUUAUUGGUGUAUUUUUCCAAAUAAAGAAGAUGGCUGUUUUCCUUCA